CGGUUAACCGGCCUACUUCUCUUUCGCACGCUCUCGCCUCACGGGACUCGCAUCUCGUACUCUCGUGAUUUUGCGUCGCCGAGGUGAUACCCGUUGUCCGUCGUCGAGUACAGCCGCGUCGGCCGUGAACCGCGCACGGCGCCGCGUCCUCACCUGGCCAGCGUACCGGGCUUUGUUUUCCCCGCCCCGAAGCGCGCACAGGCGAAGAACAGCCGACAGACAGGUGGAGAGACAGGGGAGCGGGCUAAAGGAAGCUGAAAGCGGGCUUCAAAGGCGGGCAACGAGGAGAGGGAGAACCGAGGGCGGCUGGCGUGCUCGACUUCGCCCGAUAAUAAGGUCCGAUACCGAUGAGGAGCAGCCGUUGAACGCCAGAUAACGGAAGCAGGGAAGAGGCAAAGGCCAGAGUCAGGGUCGUGGGAAGCCGAGCUAGGAGACUGCCAGGCCGGACCAGGCGCUGCGGCUGACGGAAGGGUCUACGCUACGUCCGGCUCGAAACCUCGUACUCUCUUUCUGCUGCGAGUCCGGUUCCGUAGCGGCAGGAAGUAGCUCCGUUCAGCUGCUCCCGGCGACCGUGCACGCUCGCUGUCUCGGAAAUUCGUAACCGAGCGAUGAUCCGUGAACUGGGAAUGUAGACGGAAGGGCGGAAAAGCGGAUCUGCCCCUCGCAGCAUCGAAGGAAGGGCCUUUCCUCCACCUCCGCCAUCAUCUUCGCCGAUACCUCACCCUCGAACCGUCUUUAACCACCGCAUCGACUUGGACACUGCGUGGACACGAUGCCAAGAAACCGAAGUUCCUUGACGAAACUCGAGGCCCUGAUGGUGCUGUGCUUGACGGUGCUGGUCCAGCUGGACGUGUGCUGGUGCUCGCCGUCCCACAGGAGCAGACACCACGCGGACAUGUCGCACGAGGACGCGAAGGGUUUCAGAACGGGCGAGGAGCUGCCAAGACCGGCCGCCCUCAAUUCGAACGACGAUCCGCUGGUAGUUCAGACCAGGAAGGGCAAGGUCAGGGGUAAGACCAUGACUGCCACCACGGGGAAGGAGGUCGACGCCUGGUUCGGGAUACCUUACGCGCAGAAACCUCUCGGACCGCUGCGAUUCCGGCACCCGAGGCCGGCUGAACACUGGCCGGGGGUCCUGAACGCGACCACGCUGCCGAACAGCUGCGUGCAGAUCCUGGACACGGUGUUCGGCGACUUCUCGGGCGCCACCAUGUGGAACCCGAACACGCCGCGGAGCGAGGAUUGCCUUUACGUGAACGUGGUCGCGCCACGCCCUAGGCCUACCAAUGCCGCUGUUAUGGUAUGGAUAUUCGGUGGUGGCUUUUACUCCGGAUCGGCGACCCUCGACGUUUACGAUCACAGAACCCUGGUGUCGGAGGAGAACGUGAUUCUGGUCUCGAUGCAAUAUCGAGUCGCCAGCCUGGGUUUCCUCUACUUCGGAACGUCGGACGUACCUGGGAACGCCGGUCUGUUCGAUCAGAUGAUGGCCCUUCAGUGGGUCCGCGACAAUAUCGCUGCCUUUGGCGGAAAUCCUGACAACGUGACCCUGUUCGGAGAGAGCGCGGGCGCCGUUUCCGUUUCUAUGCACCUACUCUCGCCUCUGUCAAGGCACCUGUUCAGCCAAGCGAUCAUGCAGUCCGGCUCGCCGACGGCGCCCUGGGCGAUCAUCUCGCGCGAGGAGUCGAUAGUCCGCGGUAUCCGGCUCGCGGAGGCGGUCGGUUGUCCUCACGAUCGCAACAACCUGCAGGAGGUGAUCGAUUGCCUGUUGACCAAGGACCCGCUGGACCUCGUCAGGAACGAGUGGGGCACCCUGGGUAUCUGCGAGUUCCCGUUCGUGCCGGUGAUCGACGGCGCGUUCCUCGACGAGACGCCGCAGCGGUCGUUGGCGACCUCCUCGUUCAAGAAAGCGAACAUCAUGAUGGGCUCGAACACCGAGGAAGGUUUCUACUUCAUCAUCUACUAUCUGACUGAAUUGUUCCGCAUUGACAGUCCGGAGGACGUGAAGGUGAGCAGGGAGCAGUUCGUCAGCGCGAUCACCGAGCUGAACCCGUACGUCAGCCAGCUCGGCAGGCACGCGAUCAUUUACGAGUACACGGACUGGCUGCACCCGGACGACCCGAACGCGAACCGCGACGCCCUCGACAAGAUCGUCGGCGACUACCAGUUCACCUGCAACGUGAACGAGUUCGCCGGACGGUACGCCGAGACUGGGAACACCGUGUACAUGUAUUACUACAAGCACAGGUCCGCGAACAACCCCUGGCCAAGGUGGACAGGCGUGAUGCACGCGGACGAAAUCAGCUACAUCUUCGGGGAGCCUUUGGACCCCUUGAAAGGCUACACGCAAGAGGAAGUGGCCCUGUCCAAGAGGAUGAUGAGAUAUUGGGCUAACUUCGCGAAAACUGGGGACCCGAACGUGGGCGACGUCGAGUCACGGUCCGCGCCCCACUGGCCGGCGCACACUGCCGCGAAGAAAGAGUACCUGACUUUGGACACGAACAGCUCCGAAAUCGGCAACGGGCCUAGAGUGAAGCAGUGCACGUUUUGGAAGAAAUACCUUCCUCAUCUUCUCUCCGCUACAUCGAAACUGGACCGCGCCUCGAAGGAGACGUGCAGCGGCACCAGCGUGAACGGCGGCGGCCAUUUGGUGCUGAUGGCGAGCCUGCUGGUGCUCGGCGGGCUGCUGAACCAGAGGAUCGGCGUGCCGCCGCUCUUCGACGCAAGAGGCUUCGUCUAGCUCCCGCGUCCGGUGCUCCGGACCGUCCUCGAUCGUUGAGGUAGCCCCCCCAAAAAUGAAGGAUCGGCUGGAACGCGAGACGAUUGGUGCCCGUGCCGCGCGAAACGGACGAGGACGCGUUGCGAGGACAACGGGGAAUGCGAGUAACGAACAAAGGGAAAACAAAACGAACGAACGGAACGGAGGGGCAG